AAAUUGUGUUUGAUCUGGAGAUUUCAGCAAAUCUCUCACACAAUUCUUACAGUGAUGGGCAAUAGGAGUAUUUUUUUUUUUAAAUAUUAUAAUUAUUUUGAAUAAAAAAAAAGUUGCUGUGCUGUUACCUACCCUGCUGAAAAAAGAGCCUAAGAGAUGCCAAGUGGGUACAGGACAAGCUACUUUUUUUUUCUAGCAUAAUACAGGUGUUAAGUCUCACUGACUAAUAUUGUUUAUGUACAUUUACUGGAUAUAAGAAUUUUUUUUAGAAAAUUAGGAACACUGCACCUAUUCUGGGUAGGGCCUUCCUCUGGUCUCAAAACCUCAGAUUCCACAAGAUGUUGGAAGCAUUCCUUUAAAAUUCUGGACCAUGUUGACGUGAUUGCACCAUGCAAUAUCUGCAGACAGUUGUUUUGGGACAACUCAUCAGCUCACUGAAUUCAGGGGUUGCUUUUCAGGGGUUGGGCUCCAUAGUUCCAAUGAAAGAAACUCUUAAUGCUUCAGCAUACCUAGACAUUUUGGACUAUUUCAUGCUUUCAACCUGACUGCAAACCAGUGCACAAAGCAAGGUCCAUAAAGACAUGGAUGAGUGAGUUUGGUGUGGAGGAACUUCACCUCAACCUGAUAGAACACCUUUGGGAUGAAUUACAGUAGAGACUGCAAGCCAGAUCUUCUCGUCCAACAUCAGUGCCUGACCUCACAAAUGCGCUUCUAGAGGAAUGGUCAAAAAUUCCCAUAAACACACUCCUAAACCUUGUGGAAAGCCUUCCCAGAAGAGUUAAGGCUGUAAUAGCUUCAAAGGGUGGGCCAGCUCCAUAUUAAAUUCAUGUGCAUGUAAAGGCAGACGUCCCAGUUUUAGAAUGGCUCACAGUCUCUGCCCUAAAUUCAUCCUAAAGGUAUUCUAUUGGGUUGAAGUGAGGACUCUGCAAUGGUACGCAGUACCAUACACUUAAUUCUUUAUUGCCCCAUUCUGAGUAGACACAGCUGUGUGUGAAAAUUCCAGGAAAUCAGCAGUUAUAGAAACCAGCCAACAAUCAUGCCACAGUCACAAGACCUGCUGCUGUAAUCAUAAAGACCACAAAGGCUCUUAACAUCCUCUCAGCACACUCAAUACCCACUGUUUAAAUGCGUAGCAGUAAUUUUAUCAUUUAUAAACCAAUUAUCUAGUGUUACCCAGAAGAUGAUGCUUGUCUUUUUGUGUCUGAGCUCAGUGCUUCUUCAUGUCGCAGGGAGUUUUUCCUACCCACUGUCGCAUCUGGUUUGCUCAGUGCAAUUAUAGAUUAAACCUACAACCGGUGGUCUGUGCAGCUCAUGGUGACAAAUGCCUAUUAUUAAAAGCGCUACAAAAAUAAAACCUUAAUUGAAUAAUCGAUGAUUCACAUGGUUCUCCCGAUGUGUGAAUGAGUGUACGUUUUUUGUUUUUUUGUUUUUUUCUAGAAAAGGGACAUCCAGACCAUCCUCCUCCUCCUCCUCCUUCAGCGCAUCACUCGUCUCCAGCCAGUGAAGCCUGCAGGUUCAGAGGGCUCAGACUCCUCUGAACAAUGACUGAUUCAGACACUUCAUCCUCAUCUGAUCCCCUUCUGCACAAACCCCAUAGUCCCCUUCCAAUCUCUUUCCCUUUUCUGAGAGGGGGCAGUCAUGUCUGGGAGAGGAAACCACCACAAGUUGGGGAGCCACCUAGCCCACUUCCCACAAAGCGCAAUCGCUCCUACUCUGCUACUGUGAGAUCUAGGUCUGGACCAGUUUUUAAAGGUGUCUGCAAGAACUUCUCUAGAUCCCAGGGGCAUGGUUUCAUUCGACCUACUCAUGGAGGAGAGGACAUAUUUGUUCACAUCUCAGACAUCGAGGGUGAAUAUGUACCAGUGGAGGGGGAUGAAGUGACCUACAAAGUGUGCCCUGUUCCACCGAAGAAUCUGAAGUUCCAGGCUGUAGAGGUGGUAAUCACUAACCUUACACCAGGAGCAAAGCAUGAGACGUGGUCUGGACAAGUUAUCACCUCAUAGCUCAGACAUUUACAUGUAGUUGAAUGAAGAAAAGAAGUUUGGCCAGGACGAAUUCUGACACGGAGAAGGAAAAUACAAAAAGCUUAAAAAGAUGUUAUGUGUAUUUGGAUAGAUUUGGGGCUGUGUAUCAUUUGGGUCAUAAGCUUGGCAAAUAUGUGCUAUAUAAACUUUAUAAACUUUGGAAGGUAUUAGAAGUUAGUUUGGCAGGUCUGACUAAGCGCUUAAAAUGGCAGUAAAAGUAAUAUAAAAACAUAAAGUCUCCAUCUGGUUAGCAUUGACUGUGUGUGUGUGUGUCUGUCUGUCUGUUUUUAUUUAUUUAUGUAUGUAUGUAUGAAUUUAUUUAUUUAUUUAUUUUUGUUUAUUAGGGUGAAGUUGAAUUCAUUAUUUUAAUGCACUCUAACUAUAUACUACGGACAUCCAAAACCGUAAUGUCUUAUAGAUGAACAGUGAUAAUUAUGCUCUUAAUAAUUAAUAUAAAAUAUAAUUUAAAAACUCAAAUUUCUGUAAGUGGAUAUUUUAAUUACCUUUAAUUACAUUAUCAGUCAGGGGUGGACAAAGUACUGAUAAAUUAUAUGUAAGUGAAAGUAUAGAUAAUGUGUUAAAAUCUUACUCAAUUAAAAGUGUAAGAAGUAUCCUGCAAAAAAAUGAAAUCAAUUUAAUGUCAAAUAUUUAGCUAAUAAUUCCCUGGGGUACGCAUCCUGACAUUCCGUUGCAAUAGAUUAUCUAUAUUCCGAAGCACAUGGUUAGCUAUAGCACUAACUACAAUGUGUAACAUGAAAAGAUUGAGGUUUGUAAAGAUCUAAAUAAAAAAAUAUAGCCAGUAAAUGUUUUUGUCUUGUAAAAGUAAUUAGGUAAGGGUAAAAGUAUUCAGUUACAACAACAAAGUUUAAUUACACCAAAAUAAUACUUAAAUAUAUCAAACAAAGUACUACUCAAAGAGACUACUCAAAUAUUGUCCACCCCUGGUCAAAACUGUUUGAGAAUUAUUUAUUUAUUAUUUUUUAAGAACACUGAAAAUGCUCACAGCCUCAUCCAUGUGAUAAUGGGUUCAUUAGUGAAAAGUAGUUUUUUGACAUUGCAUUGUUCGUGUCCUCAACUGUAAAAAACUUCAUUUAAAGAACAGUAAAUUAAAAUAACAAUUCAACAAUGAAUAUUUGACAAAAUACCCCAUGCACAUUCACUCCUUUCCCACCUUUAUUGUAACUGUAGUUUUAUUGUCUAAAAUGUAAUAAAAAUGGUUGUUUGAAUUAA